AUGAAAGGGACCUGCAUGUCCCACCGUGAUGCCAAUCAUUUGAGGACCUGCGAGUCCCACCGUGAUGCCAAUCGUUUGAGGACCUGCGUGUCCCGCCAUUAUGCCAAUCAUAUGAGGACCUGCGUGUCCAACCGUGAUGCCAAUCAUAUGAGGACCUGCGUGUCCCACUGUGAUGCCAAUCGUAUGAGGACCUGCGUGUCCCACCGUGAUGCCAAUUGUAUGAGGACCUGCAAGUCCCACCGUGAUGCCAAUUGUAUGAGGACCUGCAAGGCCCACCGUGAUGUCAAUCGUAUGAGGACCUGAAAUUCCCACCGUGAUGUCAGUCGUUUAAGGACCUGCGUGUCCCACCGUGAUGCCAAUCGUUUGAGGACCUGUGUGUCCCACCGUGAUGCCAAUCGUUUGAGGACCUGCAAGUCCCACCAUGAUGCCAAUUGUUUGAGGACCUACAUGUCCCACCAUGAUGCCAAUUGUUUGAGGACCUGCAUGUCCCACCGUGAUGCUAAUUGUUUGAGGACCUGCGUGUCCCACCGUGAUGCCAAUAGUUUAAGGACCUGCGAGUCCCACCGUGAUAAUCGUUUGAGGGCCUGCGUGUCCCACCGUGAUGCCAAUUGUUUGAGGACCUGCAUGUCCCACCGUGAUGCCAAUUCGUGAUGCCAAUUGUUUGAGGACCUACGAGUCCCACCGUGAUGCCAAUUGUUUGAGGACCCGUGAGUCCCACCAAUGUCUUAUCUGAAAAACUAUUAAAAAUAAAUAAAUAAAAUGUCAGAAUCCCUGAGUCCCCCUCCCCUCUGCUUCUAUGAUUUCUUUUCACACACUCAGGAAUGAUGUCCCUCACUGACUGACUGACAGCCUGCCAAUGGUUCUCCUGCGGCCACCCAGACAGCCAGUGUCAGCAUCCAGGGGGAUCAUGUGACCCCUCCUCCCCGAGCGUGCGCGCGCUCGCCUUCCCGCACGCGCACUGCUGCUGCUCUCGCGCCUGGCCGGUGGCUGCAGAAAGCUGUGAAGGGGGAGCGCGUGCUGUGCACGGUGAGCCGGCGCGCGGCAUUGUGGGUAAGCGCUAGGAGCCGUUGGGCCGCGGCCGCUUCGGUGGCAGUUGGGAUUUUCCAUGCGGGGGGCGGGGGGAGUGCGCAUGUUGGUUGCAUCGUCGAAGCCAAGGCAGCAGGGGGCGGCCCUUCCCUCUCGCCGCAUUAAAUAGGGCAACAGGACGAUACCAUCAGCAGGGAGAGGGGCGGUGGGGGCUCUGUGUGUGGGGGGGAUGGACCGAUUCCUGCUCCUUGUUCUAGCAGUUUCUUUAUUUAUAUCAUUUAUAAAGCGCCAACCUAUCCUGGAGCGCUGUACAAUGGGUACAUGUACCUGACAGUAAUAUAUACCCAGUAUGGGGGCAAUUAUAUUAAUAUUACCCAGUAUGGGGGCACAUUAUAUUAAUAUUACAGUAUGGGGGCACAUUAUAUUAAUAUUACCCAGUAUGGGGGCACAUUAUAUUAAUAUUACCCAGUAUGGGGGCACAUUAUAUUAAUAUUACCCAGUAUGGGGGCACAUUAUAUUAAUAUUACCCAGUAUGGGGGCAAAUUAUAUUAAUAUUACCCAGUAUGGGGGCAAAUUAUAUUAAUAUUACCCAGUAUGGGGGCACAUUAUAUUAAUAUUACCCAGUAUGGGGGCAAAUUAUAUUAAUAUUACCCAGUAUGGGGGCACAUUAUAUUAAUAUUACCCAGUAUGGGGGCACAUUAUAUUAAUAUUACCCAGUAUGGGGGCACAUGAUAUUAAUAUUACCCAGUAUGGGGGCAAAUUAUAUUAAUAUUACCCAGUAUGGGGGCACAUCAUAUUAAUAUUACCCAGUAUGGGGACACAUUAUAUUAAUAUUACCCAGUAUGGGGGCACAUUAUAUUAAUAUUACCCAGUAUGGGGGCACAUUAUAUUAAUAUUACCCAGUAUGGGGUCACAUUAUAUUAAUAUUACCCAGUAUGGGGGCACAUCAUAUUAAUAUUACCCAGUAUGGGGACAAAUUAUAUUAAUAUUACCCAGUAUGGGGGCACAUCAUAUUAAUAUUACCCAGUAUGGGGACACAUUAUAUUAAUAUUACCCAGUAUGGGGACACAUUAUAUUAAUAUUACCCAGUAUGGGGGCACAUCAUAUUAAUAUUACCCAGUAUGGGGACAAAUUAUAUUAAUAUUACCCAGUAUGGGGGCACAUCAUAUUAAUAUUACCCAGUAUGGGGACACAUUAUAUUAAUAUUACCCAGUAUGGGGGCACAUCAUAUUAAUAUUACCCAGUAUGGGGACACAUUAUAUUAAUAUUACCCAGUAUGGGGGCACAUUAUAUUAAUAUUACCCAGUAUGGGGGCACAUUAUAUUAAUAUUACUCAGUAUGGGGCACAUUAUAUUAAUAUUACCCAGUAUGGGGGCACAUUAUAUUAAUAUUACCCAGUCUGGGGGCACAUUAUAUUAAUAUUACCAGUAUGGGGCACAUUAUAUUAAUAUUACCCAGUAUGGGGGCAAAUUAUAUUAAUAUUACCCAGUCUGGGGGCACAUUAUAUUAAUAUUACCCAGUAUGGGGCACAUCAUAUUAAUAUUACCCAGUCUGGGGGCACAUUAUAUUAAUAUUACCCAGUAUGGGGGCACAUUAUAUUAAUAUUACCCAGUAUGGGGGCACAUUAUAUUAAUAUUACCCAGUAUGGGGGCACAUUAUAUUAAUAUUACCCAGUAUGGGGGCAAAUUAUAUUAAUAUUACCCAGUAUGGGGGCACAUUAUAUUAAUAUUACCCAGUCUGGGGGCACAUUAUAUUAAUAUUACCCAGUAUGGGGGCAAAUUAUAUUAAUAUUACCCAGUAUGGGGGCACAUUAUAAUAUUACCCAGUAUGGGGGCACAUUAUAUUAAUAUUACCCAGUAUGGGGGCAAAUUAUAUUAAUAUUACCCAGUAUGGGGGCACAUUAUAUUAAUAUUACCCAGUAUGGGGGCACAUUAUAUUAAUAUUACCCAGUAUGGGGGCAAAUUAUAUUAAUAUUACCCAGUCUGGGGGCACAUUAUAUUAAUAUUACCCAGUAUGGGGGCACAUUAUAUUAAUAUUACCCAGUAUGGGGGCACAUUAUAUUAAUAUUACCCAGUAUGGGGGCAAAUUAUAUUAAUAUUACCCAGUAUGGGGGCACAUUAUAUUAAUAUUACCCAGUAUGGGGGAAAAUUAUAUUAAUAUUACCCAGUAUGGGGACAAAUUAUAUUAAUAUUACCCAGUAUGGGGGGCAAAUUAUAUUAAUAUUACCCAGUAUGGGGCACAUUAUAUUAAUAUUACCCAGUAUGGGAGCAAAUUAUAUUAAUAUUACCCAGUCUGGGGGCACAUUAUAUUAAUAUUACCCAGUAUGGGGACAAAUUAUAUUAAUAUUACCCAGUAUGAGGGCAAAUUAUAUUAAUAUUACCCAGUAUGGGGCACAUCAUAUUAAUAUUACCCAGUCUGGGGGCACAUCAUAUUAAUAUUACCCAGUAUGGGGGCACAUUAUAUUAAUAUUACCCAGUAUGGGGGAAAAUUAUAUUAAUAUUACCCAGUAUGGGGGCACAUUAUAUUAAUAUUACCCAGUAUGGGGGCACAUAUUAAUAUUACCCAGUAUGGGGGAAAAUUAUAUUAAUAUUACCCAGUAUGGGGCACAUUAUAUUAAUAUUACCCAGUAUGGGGGAAAAUUAUAUUAAUAUUACCCAGUAUGGGGGCACAUUAUAUUAAUAUUACCCAGUAUGAGCCCAAAUUAUAUUAAUAUUACCCACUAUGGGGGGCACAUUAUAUUAAUAUUACCCAGUAUGGGGGGUAAAUUAUAUUAUUACCCAGUAUGGGGGCAAAUUAUAUUAAUAUUACCCAGUAUGGGGGCACAUUAUAUUAAUAUUACCCAGUCUGGGGGGCACAUUAUAUUAAUAUUACCCAGUCUGUUGGGCAAAUUAUAUUAAUAUUACCCAGUAUGGGGACACAUUAUAUUAAUAUUACCCAGUCUGGGGGCACAUUAUAUUAAUAUUACCCAGUAUGGGGGCAAAUUAUAUUAAUAUUACCCAGUCUGGGGGCACAUUAUAUUAAUAUUACCCAGUGUGGGGGCAAAUUAUAUUAAUAGUAUGGGGACACAUUAUAUUAAUAUUACCCAGUAUGGGGGCACAUUAUAUUAAUAUUACCCAGUAUGGGGGCUAAUUAUAUUAAUAUUACCCAGUAUGAGCCCAAAUUAUAUUAAUAUUACCCAGUAUGGGGGCAAAUUAUCUUAAUAUUACCCAGUAUGGGGGGCACAUUAUAUUAAUAUUACCCAGUAUGGGGAAAAAUUAUAUUAUUACCCAGUCUGGGUGCAAAUUAUAUUAAUAUUACCCAGUAUGGGGACAAAUUAUAUUAUUACCCAGUAUGGGGGCAAAUUAUAUUAAUAUUACCCAGUAUGGGGACAAAAUAUAUAAUUUAUUACCCUGUCUGGGGGCAAAUUAGAUUAAUAUUACCCAGUAUGGGGAAAAAUUAUUUUAAUAUUACCAAGUAUGAUGGCAAAUUAUAUUAAUAUUACCCAGUAUGGGGCACAUUAUAUUAAUAUUACCCAGUCUGGGGGCAAAUUUUAUCAUUACCCAGUCUGGGGGCAAAUUAUAUUAUAACCCAGUCAAAGGGCACAUUAUAGUAUUACCUAGUAUGGGGGCAAAUGUUAUUAUUACCCAGUUAAAGGGCAAAUUAUAUUAUUACACUGUCAGAGGGCACAUUAUAUUAUUACCCUGUCAGUGUGCAAAUUAUAUUAUUACACAGUCAGUGGGCAAAUUAUAUUAUUACCCAGUCUGGGGACAAAUUAUAUUUUUACCCGGUCUGGGGGCAAAUUAUAUUAUUACCCUGUCAGUGUGCAAAUUAUAUUAUUACACAGUCAGUGGGCAAAUUAUAUUAUUAUCCUGUCAGUGUGCAAAUUAUAUUAUUACACAGUCAGAGGGCAAACUAUAUUAUUACCCAGUCUGGGGGCAAAUUGUAUUAUUACCCAGUCAGAGGGCAAAUUAUAUUACCCAGUCAGAGGGCACAUUAUAAUAUUACCCAGUCUGGGGGAAAUUUUAUUAAUUAUUACACAGUCUGGGGGCAAUUUAUAUUAUUACCCAGUCUGGGGGAAAUUUUAUUAAUUAUUACACAGUCUGGGGGCAAUUUAUAUUAUUACCCAGCCUGGGGGCAAUUUUUAUUAAUUAUUACCCAGUCUAGGGGAAAAUUUUAUUAUUACCCAGUCAGUGGGCAAAUUAUAUUAUUACCCAGUUAGUGGGCAAAUGUUAUUAAUUAUUACCUAGUCUGGGGGCAAAUUUUAUUAUUACCCAGUCAGUGGGCAAAUUAUAUUAUUACCCAGUCAGAGGGCAAAUUAUAUUAUUACCCAGUCUGGGAGCAAAUUUUAUUAUUAGCCAGGGGGCACAUUUUAUUAUUACCCAGUCAGAGGGCAAACUAUAUUAAUUAUUACCCAGUCAGUGGACAGAUUUUAUUAAUUAGUCAGAAGAAAAAUUUUAUUACGCUGUCUGUGGGCAAACUAUAUUAAUUAUUACCCAAUCAGAGGGCAAAUUAUAUUAGUUAUUACCCUGUCAGAGGGCACACUGUAUUAUUGCCCAGUUAGGGGGCAUAUUAUAUUAAUUAUCCAGAGGGAACAUUAUAUUAUUACCCAGUCAGAGGGCACAUUGUAUUAUUACCCCAGUCAGGGGGCACAUUAUAUUAAUUAAUACCCAUAUAGGGAGCACAGUGUAAUAAUUAUUACCCAGUCAAAGGGCACAUUAUAUUAAUUAUUACCCAUUCAGUGGGCAUAUUAUAUUAAUUAUUACCCAUUUAGAGGGCACAUUGUAUUAAUUAUUAUCUAGUCUGUCAGCUAAUUGUAUUAUUAUUCAAUUAGUUAGCACAUUAAAUUAUUACCCAGUCAGAGAGCACAUUAAAUUCAUUGAUAUUCCAUCAGAGGGCACAUUGUGUCAAUAUACACAGAUAGAAUGCACUUUUUUGGUGUCCAGUCAGUGGGUACAUUAUAUUAAUUGUUACCCAGUCAGUAGCACAUUGUGUCAAUAUGUAUCCAGUCAGAGGGCACAUUUUAUUAAUUAUUACCCAAUAAGAUGGCAAUUUGUGUUAAUAUGCACCCACUCAGCCGGGUGUCACAUUUAACAUGAGAGGGGAGGAGUGGGAGCCUCGAACUCACACGGUUUGGGGCUUCUGAAAACUGGAUUUAGUUGUCCACAGCGGCUCUUAUAUUUGAAAAGUUUGGCACAGGACAUAAGCACAGUUUUUGAUGCACAAGUACUUCAUUAGAUGGACUUUGAAAAAAAAAAAUGCACUUGUGAUGGCAAUUACACUCUUAUUCUCUAUCAGAAAUAAAUCAGAUCAAACAACAGGAAUAAAUCGUCCAUAUUUUUUGUCAACUGACAGAAAUCAGUCUUGGCUGCUAGGGUUAUAAUUAAAGGGACACUAUAGUUGCCAAAACAACUUUAGCUUAAUGAAGCAGGUUUUGUGUACAGAUCAUGCCCUUGCAGUCUCACUGCUCACUUCACUGCCAUUUAGGAAUGAAAUCAUUUUUGUUUCUGUUUAUGCAGCCCUUGCCACACCUCCCCUGGCUGUGACUGACAAAGUCUGCAUGAAAAAAAAGAUUUAAUUUUCCAUAAGAUGUUAACUUACUUUAGAAGUUUUUAUCUCCUGCUCUGUAAGUUGAACUUCAAUCACAUACAAGAGGCUCUUGCAAGGUCUAGCAAGCUAUUAAUAGUGCUGGGGAUACAAAAUAAUACAUUUAAUAGAAUUUGCAAUAAAGGAAGUGUAAACAUUAAAUCUCACUUUACAGGAAGUGUUUAGGAAGGCUGUACAAGUCACAUGCAGGGAGGUGUGACUAGGGCCGUAUAAACAAAGCGAUUUAACUCCUAAAUAGCAAAGAAUUGAGCAAUGAGACUGCAGGUGCAUGAUCUAUAAACUAAAAUGUGGGUGUCUUUUUAAUGUGUUAAAUAAAUAAGCAACUUAUUUGGUUUCAGAUCUUCUAUAUUAGCAGUAAGUGAGUUUGGCCUCAGUGAACCCUGGCUCUGGUCAAUAAGCUUAAAACGAUAGAUCCAUAAACACUGUAAUAACACGUGGUAAAGAGUGGCAAUGAGAAAAAAAAACUGUUUAUCCGAAGCAACCACUUGCAAAUGAAAUAUAAACCACUCUUAAAUACAAAAUUAAAUGCAUGAUUUUGAUAAUUUCGUACUUUAUUAAACUUAAUGCAGUCAUACUGUAAUUUUUUGUAUUAAGCAGCUCCUAACUACUGAUUAAUAAAUCACACUAAAAUAUUAAAUUAUUACCUGUGAUUUGUGUGUGCAUACGUACUUGAAUUAAUAAAUGAUUGCUCAUAAUGAACACAAAUUUACAAGUAGCAAUAGGACGAGAAUUUCCCCUGUGGCCGAACACUUUCAGAUUCAGGAAAAGGAAACAAGCCGUGAUUGGUUUUCUACCUACUUUUGUUUUACAAAAUAAUUUCAUAUAAAACUAUUUAGAAUAGAAUAGAUAUGGGCCACCUAUUCAAUACCAGAUGGUACAAGACAUGGUGGUAUUAAUACGUUUUGUACACCACAUCUUAAAUAAUGUCAAUUGAACCAAUUCCAGCAUAUAUAGCUCAGCGAAUAGAGUCAUCACAAACUUCCAUGUUUCACAGAUGAGAUGGCAUGAUUUAUAUCAUGUGUAAUUCCUAAUUUAUUUUAUUUAUUUUUGCAAUUUCAUGCUGGCACAUGUUAAAAUGAACCAGACAUAACAGGCAUGUGCUUUAAUGGCUGUGGAGGAGGGUUAUUUUGGUCCAUUUUUGUCAGUCAAUCCACAAUGUAGCGGUUUAUGCAGAGAAUUGAUUGACAAAGUAUGGAUACAAAUUUAUUAUAUGUAAAGGAUCACUAUAGCGUCAGGAAAACAUACUCGUUUUCCUGACACUAUAUAACCCUUAGGUCCCCCCACCCUCAGGGCCCCCCCUCACUUGGCGCUUAAGGGGUUAAAACUCUUUCAGUUAAUUACUUUAAUCCAACGCCGGGCUCCCUCGGUGCUGGUGACUUCUCUCCCCCCCCGCCAACGUCAGCUCCCUAGUGGAGCGGAAUGCACAUUCAAACAGCUCUACACGCUGAAUGUGAUUUUCGCAAACAAGCAUCGCAGAAGCGCUUCUAGCGGCUGUCAGGAAGACAGCAACUAGAGGCUGGAUUAUCCCGGCAAUGUAAACAGUGAAACUGCUGUUUACAUCUAAAGGGUUAAAACUUGGGGGACCUGGCACCCAGACCACUCCAUUGAGCUGAAGUGGUCUGGGUGACUAUAGUGUCCCUUUAUUAUGAGCAGUAAGUCCACAUGUGAUUAAAGUAUUAAGGGAAUCAACUGUCGAUUUCAGAGAUUGUUAGAAUGGGAAAUAUAUAUAUUUAGACAAAGAGGAUCCAUCAAUUCUAGGGUACAUUCCUGAAUGGCUAGAGUUAGGACCUCAACCUAUACUCCUCAUAGGGAGGUCAGCUAAAUUUUGGUAUGAAGAAGAGCUAUGAAACUCCAGGCUGCAUGUACUGGUCAGCCUGUGACCUCUGCUGUGUUCAGGAUCAGAACACCAAGCUCUUCCAAGAGCUCUGUGGCCUUCUUCAAACAUCUCUAGUAUCUGUGUGCUAUAGGCAGAAUGUCUCAUUACCAGCAAAGAGGCGGCAGCAUCCAUGUUUGCUAUCCCACCAUUACAGGUCAACCCAAUCCUCAGGGACCACCAACAAUCCAGGAUUUAUGUAUUUCUCUGUUUUAUUCCAAUGGAGAUACUGACAAAACCUGGACUGUUGGUGGUCCCUGAGGAUUGGGUUGGGGAACACUGCUCUAAACAAUAUAUAAAUAUAAUUUACUCGUUAUCAGUGCUGCCACAGAUGGUACCAGGGAGGGCAUCAUUUUUUCAAGCCACCAUGAAAAGAUUCAAUGGCACUCUGUUAGAUGGCAACAAUAGUCUCAUAGUACCUUAAUCACUACAAUUAGUGCCCCUCUAGCAUUUUUGUUUCUUCUCUCAGCUAUUGAGCUCUCAGCAUUUCCACGGAGUACAUAGAACUUUGUAUAUUUCUCUGCACUGUUAAAUGUUUUGUCGCAUUCAUUAUUUUCUGACAUUACAUUCUCGUUGCCCACUUUUUAUUUAGUAAUCUGUCACCAAGGAUUUGAAAAAUGUUAUGUAGUCCCAAGGUUACCAUCUCUAUACUGAAAAUCAGUCAGACCUUUAAGCACUAAAUUAACUUUAGCUAAAUUAAAAAAAUUCUCUAAUACAUAAAUUAUUCCAAUUUAAGUUUUAAACACCGUACAAAAAAAGCUUGCUUUUUUUUGUUUAAUACCAGACUGCGUCAAGGUUUCUUUAUGCCUCACAGCUUUGCCACUUUUGUAAAAUCAGGUCGUAUUGCUGCUGCAAUGAUUGCCUUCCAAACGCACAUUUGUUUUAUGUAGGAGUGUCCCCAGGGGUUCUUAACCCAAAAUUGAGUCCCACUGCUUAAUUCGUUACCUCUUUAUAUUGUUCAAGCUUUGAGUGCAUGCAUUUAUUUAACCUUCAUUUUCUUUUCUUUUGAAAAUAUUGCUUUACCAUGUUUUAAAGAAUACAGUUGUACAAGCAUAUUUCUUCGGUAACUAGAAAAGGAUUAGAUUUUGUUUUUUUUAGUUGUGCGUCCAGCUGUGUGCUCUCAGCCUAUAAUUGCUGUCUUAGAUCGGACUGAUUCACUCUUGAUAAUGCAUAAAUGGAAUAUCUGCACCACCACUACGGCUGCAGAGCGCCCUGAUUUAGUUUUUUUGUGAAAUUGCUGCAAAUUAGUUUGACAGAAAGCCUAUAGACCCAUGGCACCACGAUCACUAGAAUAUAUAUUCUUAUAAUCUGUUCCUGAGUAUUUGAGCUAUUUUUUUUUUUUUUUUUUUAUCAUCCUUUAAUUCUUGUAAGGGAUGAUACUACAACUGCUACUGUUGCUUAGCCAUAUUUUCUCUGCUUUAUUUGGGAUUUAUUCAGUAGGAGAUGUAGAAUAUUGUCAAGGUUAUCACAACUUUAUGGCCAAAAUGGAAAAAAAAAACUCCAAUUCACCCAUUUUGGGUUAAAACGUGUUAUUUCGUUAUCAGUUUUCCGUAAUCCCACGUUUAGUAAAUGUGCCCCAUAGUUCAUGUGCUAAGAUUGCAUAUGAGCUUUUUCAUAAGCUUUGCCUAGCAAUAUAAGGUUUUUUUUUAUUUGAUGUAUUUAUGGGUAAGGCAAUGGCUGAGUGACAGGUAACAGAGGGUUGUAGUCAAUGGAAUAUAGUCAAAGCAAGGUAUAGUUACCAGUAGGGUACUUGGACCCAUUUUUAUUAGUGAUAUUGCAGAAGGUAUGUCUUUUUGCGGAUGAUACUAAGAUAUGUAACAGGGUUGAUGUUCCAGGAGGGAUAAGCCAAAUGGCAAAUGAUUUAGGUAAACUAGAAAAAUGGUCAGAAUUGUGGAAACUGACAUUUAACGUGGCUAAGUGCAAGAGGGUAAAAACCCUCGGGCAGAGUACAGAAUAUUUGAUAGAGUCCUAACCUCAACAUCUGAGGAAAGGGAUUUAGGGGUGAUUAUUUCAGAUGACUUAAAGGUAGGCAGACAAUGUAAUAGAGCAGCAGGAAAUGCUAGCAGAAUGCUUGGUUGUAUAGGGAGAGGUAUUAGCAGUAGAAAGAGGGAAGUGCUCAUGCCAUUGUACAGAACACUGGUGAGACCUCACUUGGAGUAUUGUACACAGUACUGGAGACCGUAUCUUCAGAAGGAUAUUGAUACCUUAGAGAGGGUUCAGAGAAGGGCUACUAAACUGGUUCAUGGAUUGCGGGAUAAAACUUACCAGGAAAGGUUAAAGGAUCUUAACAUGUAUAGCUUGGAGGAAAGACGAGACAGGGGGGAUAUGAUAGAAACAUUUAAAUACAUAAAGGGAAUCAACACAGUAAAGGAGGAUACUAUUUUUAAAAGAAGAAUAACUACCACAACAAGAGGACAUAGUCUUAAAUUAGAGGGGCAAAGGUUUAAAAAUAAUAUCAGGAAGUAUUACUUUACUGAGAGGGUAGUGGAUGCGUGGAAUAGCCUUCCAGUUGAAGUGGUAGAGGUUAACCCCUUAAGGACUGAGCCAAUUGUACAAGUUGUGAUCAAAACAAAACGUAAACAAAACCUUGAAUUUGCGCUAUGUCUGUUCAGGCGUAAUUCACCUCUUUCAUAUUAUGUGCACCCACACUUAUUAUAUAUCAUUUUGUUCAGGAGAAACAGGGCUUUCAUGUCACAUCUUUCUAAUAUUUGUAUAUUAAACAUAAUAUAAUAUGAAUACAAUAUUUAAAAUAAAUAGCGUUCAUAUUUAUUUGUGUGAAAAAUGCAAAAAACUUAGUAGAACGCCAAUUUUGGCCAGUGUUUGUGACUAAGUGGCUACUAAAAAACACUGGACAUACCCCAUUUGUAAUACCUUGGGUUGUCUACUUUUGCUAAUGGUAUGCCAUCAUGGGGGUAAUUCUCAUUCCUGGGCUACCAUACGCUCUCAAAGGAAACAUAACCAAUCUGGCAAAUUUCAAUGUGAAAAAAAAGAAAUUCAAACCUUAUGUUUGACUCAGUAACUUUGGAAAACACCAUAAAACCUGUACAUGGGGGGUACUGUUGUACUCGUGAGACUUUGCCGAACACAAAUAUUAGUAUUUCAACACGUAUCACAACAAUUAUAUCAUCAGUCAAAGUACCGUUUGUGUGUGAAAAAUGCAAAAAACUGAAUUUUUACUGACUAUAUCAUCGUUGUGAUAUGUUUUACUGUUUUUAAAUGCUUAUAUGUGUUCAACGAAGUCUCCCGAGUAAAACAGUGCCCCCAUGUACAGGUUUUAUGGUGUCCUGGAAAGUUACAGGGUUAAAUUUAGGGCUUGCGAGACAAAUUCUCUGGACUUUCUGCCUGGGUUGUCAGGCAGGUCCCUCAGAUUGUAAUUAAUAGAAUUACUUGAUUAUGCAAAAAUAUUAUAUAAAUUUAUUUGAAGAAUUUAAAUAUAUAUGUAUAUGUAUAUAUAAUUUUUUAAAAUUAUUUUUAUUUAUAUAUAUAUAUAUAUAUAUAUGAUAGCAAUAUAUAUAUGUAUUUAUGACAUCAUUCGAAAUGUAUUUUGAAUUUAAUAUAUAUGUAUAUUAAUAUCAAAAUACAGUUAGAACAAAUUAAUACUGGUAUAAUUUUUGUAAAUUAUUAUGUUUUGUAAAAUUUAUUUAUUGAUUAUUUUAUUUUAUAUAUAUAAUUAUAAUUAUAUAUAUAUAAAAAAUAAUGUCAUUCUAAGUGUAUUUUAAUAAUACUAUAUAUAUAAUUAUAUAUAUAUAUAUAUAUUAAUACUAAAAUACACUUUUAUUAAUGAUUAUGUAUGUGUAUAUAAAAGUACUUAGAUCAUAUAUAUAUAUUUCAUAUAUAUAUAUAUGAUCUAAGUACUUUUUAUUUCAUUUAAAACCGGUUUGCUAACUUUUUUACAGGCAUGAGAGGCACAGCUAUUCCGGCCAUGUGAUCGCGAGGACCCUGUGAUUAAUGGCGGAUCGGGCAGAGGGGGUCUGCCUGAGCUCCAAGGCAGACCCCGGGAUUGCGACCGCUGUCAGGGGAACGGCAGGGACCCGGUAAGUACAAAGGACGGUGGGCACACCUGCCAUCCUUGAGGGGUUAACACAGUGAGGGAGUUUAAGCAUGCGUGGGAUUGGCAUAAGGUUAUCCUAACUAUAAGAUAAGGCCAGGGACCAAUGAAAGUAUUUAGAAAAUUGGGCAGACUAGAUGGGCCGAACGGUUCUUAUCUGCCGUCACAAUCUAUGUUUCUAUUUUUCCCAGGAAGAAUGGAUCCUUCUAGCCACAGCAUGGUGUUACUCCAGCAGUUAAACCUCCAGCGUGAAUUUGGAUUCCUCUGUGACUGCACUGUAGCCAUUGGAGAUGUGUAUUUCAAAGCGCACAGAGCAGUUCUUGCAUCAUUUUCAAACUACUUCAAGAUGAUCUUCAUUCAUCAGUCCAGGUUUCAUAUUAUGUUUAUAUCUCUUCCAUUUUAUACAUAAUUCUUAGUUCAGAACGUUUUAUGAACUCAUUGUAUUUCAAUACUUCCAAGGCUAGUCAUUUUACAAAGCUAAAAGUGUUUGGCACGACAAGGUGGAAAGAAACCGUAGAAAGCCAUUGCUUGCAGCUUGUCAUUGUUGUCCAUGAUUAGAUGGCCUUGCAUAGAUUGCUUAAGUGUAACCACUUCAAUGAGUUAUGGUGGCUGUGUUGCUUUGAAUGCCAUGUUAAUGAGGCAUUUAAAAAAAAAAAAUGUUUUGACUGAAAUUAUUAAAGGGACAGGACAGUAAAACCUAUUUUAAAGUAGUAUUAACAUUAAAAAGUAAUAUAUUUUUAAGUUUAGAUGUGUUUCUUUUUAUAGCUUAGCUCAUAGGGUACCUUUCGUUGGAAAAAAAUUAAAAUUAAAAUUGCAGAACGUUGUUAAAAGUAUUUUAUCCUUGUACUCUGUUAAUAUUGUAGAAAAUAUCUUGCAAUAAAAUGCAUGCACUUCUUCAAGAUAAGCUUAGUCAACAGAAUGAUAGAUGAAUCUUGAAACCCUAUGAUUUUGUUUUUGCUUAUACCCUUCUCCACCUUUUUUUUAAAAUCCAUAUUUGUAUGCUCCAGCAAAGUUCAUGUAAAGGAAAACUAAUUCUGACUUGCUAUUGGUAUUUUUUUUUCUACAGUGAAUGCAUUAAAAUCCAGCCAACAGAUAUUCAGCCUGACAUAUUCAGCUUCCUUUUACAUGUUAUGUACACAGGGAAAUGCCCAAAACAAACAGUAGACCAUUUCCGUUUAGAAGAAGGCAUGAGGUUUCUCCAUACAAGCCUCCUUUCACCUGUUGCAAAAGAGCCAACCCAAAUUAUAUCAUCCGAAACUAUGCAUUCCUCCAAUUUAUAUGGCAUUCAGAUCUCUACUGCCCAAAAAGUACCAAAAGAAACAAUUAAGCACAAGGAAAAGCCAUCAAACACAGCAAGGCCAGAUCAGCAGGGCGAACAUCCACAACUGCAAUUGUCUUUAGCCAUUGGGUUAGAAGGUGUUAGCCCAGAACAGCAGAGCUCACAUUUUACUGGCCCUGUUAGUACUCCUGUAAAGUCAAUGGAAGAAAUUCAGAAGACUGAAAUGUGCAUAAAGCAGGAAACGUCUGACCCUGACACUGUCACGUCACCAAGCCUGUCGCUAACCGCUCUAGAUAACGAAUCGCAUUUCCGAAAGACUGGCAAUAGAAUUCAUGCUUGCCAUUACUGUGGUGAACAUUUUGACUCUCGUGUUACUUUACGGGAUCACUUGCACAUCCAUGUAUCCCAGUCUCUCCCAUUUGGAGUGCCUUCAUCAAUUCUAGAGGGUGACGACCAUGGAGAAGUCCGUCCAAUAUUGGACAACAUAGAGAACACUGAAAAUUACAGGCUUGGAAAUUACCUUCUCAACAGGAGUGACGAGUCACUGGAAUCUGUAAGCCAUCAGGAACAGUUGCAGCUUAAUCAGCUUUCUUUCCUAUCAAAAGACUCUGAUCCCAUAGAGUUAAAUUGCAACCUCUCAUUUUUGAGAAAACGAAAAUUCAGCUGUGCAGUGUGUGGGCACAAAUUUAUUCGUAGGAGUCAAAUGCUUGAACACCUAUGCACACACAAAACCAAACUACAAAAACUCAAUAAGUACCAAAAGUUUGGUUACCAGAUGGAACGGACUUUACAGACAUAUUGCGAUGGUGUGGCUGAUAGCAACCAAAAGGUGUCAGGCUUAUCUCAAGAUUCCCCAGAAUUUCCUGGGGCACCAGAUCUCACUGCGCCACAAGAAAAUGUACAGUCUGUUGUGACUGAAUAAUAAUUUAAAUCAUUAGACUGUUGUAAAAAUGUAUGUGUUUUUGUCCAUCUUGCAUGUUUGCAACCACCCAUCUUUUGGGGGAUCUAUCAAAAUAUGUUGCAUAUAACUAUCUUACCAAAUUUACUUUCUGUAAAUUUUAGUAACGACCAAGUUAAGAAUUAUAUUUCUCAGAUCUAUUUGGAUCAGAUUGACAUUUAACAAAUAAACCUGUAGAUCAGGGAUAUGGCUACAGUUGAAUUACUCCAUCAUUCAGUAACUAGCCAAAGGUCCUCAUAUUCCUCUGUUUUUAACCAUAAUGCUUAUCCUAAACGUAUUGCAUAUUUUGUCCUUUAAAUUUAUGCUCAAUAGCAAAUAUUUUCAUAUAUGUUUACUGGGAAUUAGUGACUCUUAUGCAGUAUUUAUGCUUAACACAUUGUGGGAGUUAAUUGUGUAACAAUUGUUUUUUCUAGUGUAACAUCUGCAUGGACUUUACUGGUAAAUAAAUGUCUGUAUGCCAUCAUAUUUUCUGAUUUAAUAUAUCGAAUAGUAAGGAUAAGGGACUUAUACCUUCUCUGGUGAGAUUUUGUCAAGCUUAUCUGAAAUUUGUCAGUAACCAUUUAAACAGUAACAAGGAUGUUCGCUAAAGUGAGACUCCGAAGGUAAGAAGAAACGGACUGUAUUUCUGGCAACAAUAGCCCAUUCGGGAAUUUUAUUAUAUUUAGAAAUGUUUUCAGUAAAAGGAACACUAUAACAUUAGGGAUACAAAAAACUUUUGUUAUUAAUUCAGGCCUUCCCCAAAUAAAAUAAAAUUUGAAAUAAAGGGUAAUUACUACAAGAACCUAGAGUGAGUCUCUGCAGCUGCCUUCAUUGAUGUUACACCAAUGCUUCGAAAUGUUCAAUUCAAUGUUCCUCAAGGAGCAUCAGAGACAAAGAGCACACAUGCAGUCACAACUCUACACUCCUUCAGUUAAACAGUCUCCAAAUAAGGUGAGCAUAUAGGUACAUGUAUUUGUACUCUUUAUCUUUUAGCUUACAUAUUGCACCCAGAUUGUGUUCCUUCCGGUUUUAUUUACAUAUAUCCCUUGGGGAGAGUGCUUUGGAGGUUAUCGUAGAAGAAGGUAGUGGUUGCACAUAUUAAGGCCCAGAAGUGUUUUUGUUUAGAGCCUAUAUCGUUAAAAGGCUCUAGCAAGUAUGAGU